AUGUCGGACGAGCUCCGUGACGAGGUCGAGGCCAUCAAUUCCAUCUACGGCGACGGCAGCCUCGUGCCCGCCGUCGCCGGUGAGGCCGCCGACUACGUCCUCCAGCUACCCGGCGAGGGAGCCUCGUCCCUGCAGCUGCGCUUCCCCGCCGGAUACCCCGAAUCCAGCGACGUUCCUUUCGUCAUCGGCGUGCAGCGCAGCGCCGGGGGCGUCCGCGACGGCAACGGCGCGCGCGACCUGCGGCUGUUCCGCGCCGCCUUGGCCGAGGCCUACCAGCCGGGCGCCGUGUGCCUGUUUGACGCGGUGGAGGAGUAUUCGCGGCUCUUAGCAGAGGAAGAAGAAGAGGCUGCUGCUGCUGCUGAGGAGGAAGACGACGCAGACGACAGAGAGGGCAUGGCCAACUCCUCGCGAGCCGACGACGACGCCUUUGAUGGCGUCGACCUCGCCAGCCUCCCGCCGCCGCCGUGGACCGUCUCCGAGCCCGUCGUCGACGCCAAGUCGACCUUUGUCGCGCACGUCGCCGCCGUCGCCUCCCCCGCGCAGGCGCGCCUGUACGUCGCGCAGCUGCUCGCGGGCGACCGCCGGAUCCGCGACGCCACGCACAACAUCUCCGCGUGGCGGAUCCGCGGCGCCGAGGGCGCGGCGACGGGAUAUCAGGACUGCGACGACGACGGCGAGGACGCGGCGGGCGGGAGGCUGCUGCGGCUGAUGCAGCUGAUGGGGCUGUGGGAUGCGAUGGUGGUGGUGACGAGGUGGUAUGGCGGGGUGAAGCUGGGGCCGCGAAGGUUCGCGAUCAUCAACGGCGUGGCGAGGGAUGCAUUUGUGAAGGCGGGCAUGGUGCCGGAGAGCGGCGGCGUUGGGAAGGGGAAGAAGAAGUCGUGA